ACCAUGCCGUGGGGAACAAGGUUCUCUGACGGAGCAGUGGGCGUGGAGGAGCCAUUUAACUUGUCCUUAGGGUUUUCUCGUUGGGAAACUGGGACCCACAGAGCAAAGGCUGCUGACAGAAGGCUCCAGACCAGCCCCAGGGCUGGGGCUCCCUCCCUCCCAUCCUCGUGGGCGGGGACAUUAGGGUCUAGCAAGUUUCAGCUGCUGUUUUGGCCUUGGCUUUCAGGAUUUUAGGAGAUUCUAGGACUUUGAAAGAAAAUGGGACAGUGAGAGCAAGUGGUGUUGGUACAUUUGAAUGAGUCCAGGCUGAGGAGGCUGAUGGUGUUGAGAGGGUUCAUUACUCCUUCGAGUCCCUUCGCUUUUCCCUCUUUUAUCAGCGAGCAGAGAGUCUGUGCCCCGAGUCACACUGAUGGUUGUCCACGUCUGAGGUGUGACCUUGAUGAGUGCAUGGCAGCAAAAAGGACUUGCUCCUCCUCCUCGUGCCAUCCGAGGAAGCGCUGGCCACGUGGGCAGGAGUUCGCAUGGGGUGACCACACGUCACGAGGCGGCGCUACCACCCUCAGAGCCACUCUGCACUCUCCUUAGAGAAAACGGGUGGGGAGGACAGUCCAGGUCAGAGGGGAAGGGCCGGCUCCCAUCACCGACGGCCCAGACCUGUGGGUAAAGCUGUCGUGUGUCGUGCGUCUUCUGUGAUCCCAGGUCACAUGCGUGGCUGCCUGUGACCUCUGUGUCCCAAGGGACAUGUUUAAAAUCUAGCCUUUGAGUCCUGCUCCCUCUCCCAUCAGGUACUUACUAUAAACAAUGCGGCUCGCGGGCAGACACGGGACGGGACGGGAGGUGGGAAGCACCUGCCCGUCAUUUCCUCGUUUCUAAAAAGCCGCCUGUGGAGACUCCCUCCAUCUCAUGAUUUCUAAAGUAGUAAUAAAACUUCGUCAUCUUGGUGAGAAGAUCAUUCUAGUAGCGCUAUCCUGUCACGUGGAGGUGUAGAGACCGCCUAGGAAGCCACUGUUUGCCUUAUCUGUACUCGGCUAAGACACCAGCACCAGCUGCACCUGGCCAGGAGUCUAGUUUCCUUGUGGGAAGUCUCGUGGAUUUGACUUGGCUGCUGCACCCCCAGGCAGGGACAUGGCUGCAGGGGACAUGGCCUCGACCCGGCUGGGGGCCGGGAGGCAGCACCUCCGUCCACUGAAGAGGAGGGGCUUGGUGCUGCUGAGACUCACGGCCAUCGUCUUUGCUGUGCUUCUGUUUUGUGAAUUUCUAAUCUAUUACCUAGUGAUCUUCCGGUGCAGUUGGCCUGCAGUGAAAACUCCUGCGGAUGCCGGUGGACUCGGGACCCCUGAGCCUGUGCUCAGGGCCAUGUUCUUGGCUGACACCCACCUGCUCGGGGCUGUGAGAGGCCACUGGCUGGACAAAUUACGGAGGGAGUGGCAGAUGGAGCGAGCCUUCCAGACGGCGCUGUGGCUGCUGCAGCCCGAAGUCGUCUUCAUCCUGGGAGACAUCUUUGACGAAGGGAAGUGGAGCUCCUCCCAGGCCUGGGCGGACGACGUGGGGCGCUUCUGGAAGAUCUUCCGACACCCGCCCCAUAUGCAGUUGAGGGCCGUGGCUGGCAACCAUGACAUCGGCUUCCAUUACCAGAUGAACACAUACAAAAUAAAACGAUUUGAGAAAGUUUUCAACCCUGAAAGGCUGUUUUCUUGGAAAGGAAUUAACUUCUGUGUCCCAGGGACACAGUCGCCAGCGGACUGCACAGGUGGCCCAUGGCUGAUCUCCUGCCCUUGCCUCAGUUUUGUGAUGGUUAACAGCGUCGCACUGGAAGGGGACGGCUGUGACAUCUGCUCUGGAGCAGAGGCUGAGCUCCUGGAAAUCUCUCACCGGCUGAACUGCUCCCGGGAGCAGGAGCAUCGCCCCCAAGAGUGUGGAGACGGGCAGCGGCUGCCGGCCUCGGCCCCCAUCCUCCUGCAGCACUUCCCGCUUUACCGGAGAAAUGACGCCAACUGCUCCGGGGAGGACGCGGCACCCCCCGACGAGAAGUACACCCCCUUCAAGGAGCGCUAUGAUGCGCUCUCCCAGGAGGCCUCGAGGAAGCUGCUGUGGUGGCUCCGGCCGCGCCUGGUCCUCAGUGGCCACACGCACAGCGCCUGCGAGGUCCUGCACGGGGCCGGCGUCCUGGAGGUCAGCGUGCCAUCUUUCAGUUGGAGGAACAGAAACAACCCCAGUUUCAUCAUGGGCAGCGUCACGCCCACAGAGUACGCCCUUGCCAAGUGCUACCUGCCCUGCGAGGACACGGUUCUGACCACGUACUGCACGGCGGCCGGGGGCCUCGUGCUCCUCACGUUAGUCCACGCUGGGCUUGUAGCCUCACCUUUUCAUUUCGGUUGGAACAUGCUCAGAAAAUUUAAGACCACGUGAGUAGCAGGAGACGUUCUGCACUUAGUAGUAAGUCCCGAAGCCAACGAAACUGAACUUUGGGCAGUGCUUACGGAGGGCGAGACCAAAGUGGGCCAUGGGCACAGCUCAUAGGAUCUGGGUUGCUGGUGCAGAGUCCUGCAGAAUCAAUAGUUGAUUGUGCUGUUCUCACGCUGCAAAAAUGGGACUUGUCUCUACAGCAGGUCUGUCUUCUCGUUUUAUCAAAUAUAUGUGUAAUCAAAGAUUGUAUAUGUACAGUGUGUAAAAGCUAUGAAUGUCAUCACUUGCAUGCACUAGACAGCCUUCCUUCCCCAAGACGGAGGGUUAGCUGUUCACAAAUGCUGGGUUUGCUUCUGUCCUCCUAUGAGUAGUUCUCAAGUUCUUAUAUUUUAUAAAGCUGUAUACUUAAAAUAAAAUACAGAUGCUACAAGCAGGAAUACAUUGUUCUCAAGACUUCUGUAUUUCUGUGCUAAAUUAAUGGAAUCAGAUUUUUAUUAAUUUAUUUUUUUUUGGCCGCGCCACGCGGCAUGCAGGAUCUUAGUUCCCUGACCAGGGAUCAAACCCGUGCCCCCUGCAGUGGAAGCACAGAGUCUUGACCACUGUACUGCCAGGGAAGUCCCUGGAAUCAGAUUUUUAGAUGAGUGUAAUGUUCUCUCCAGCAGACCAAGUUGUUAAAUUUGAAUUGAAUGCCUGUCAGUGAUCAAAAGAAACUUGAAAAAUGGACAAGGAAGAGGCUUUUGGUAUUUGAAAAUAAAUAUGCCGUGGUAAUUUUAAACCGGAUAAAAUGUAUUCUUUUUGUGUUUUUUCCCAUAAGAGUCUGGCUCUUCAAUCAGACUUUUAAAUAGGAAGUUUAGUUACAGCGGAAUUGUUGAAUAAUAAUGCAUGUAAAAAUAUACAACUUCAUUUUUUUUGGGUGUAUGUGUGGGGCUGUAGCUCUUCAGAUUUUCAUGUUUUACUUUGAAAAUGCAAUGGAAACUGAAAAUCAUUUCCACUUCAUAUGUCUCAGUUCAACUGAGAGUUUUAUGAAAUAAUCAAGGAUGACAGGAACAGGAAUUCGAUGAUAAUGAAAUAAAAAAAAUGUGAUGGUGCAUUGUCUGUAAAGUUGUCAUCCUUUAUUUCAUGGAAGAGCAGUAUUUAAAUGUGGAUGAGUUUACAAAGGAUUAUAAGAUGCUGCUUUAAAGAGUAAACUUAAAAAUAUUAAAGACUAAAAGACGAAACGGAAGUUAAUGCAGUAACGCAGGCUAGGCUGCCCCAUCUCUGCAUUUGUGUCGUUGAAAUAUAACCUUGGGACAAUUUAAAAGAUUGUCUUUGACCUGAGAAAACCGCCCUCAAGGCCAUGGAUAGACAGAGAACGGCUUUCGAGGUCUUGAGCUGGAUGUAACUCAUGAGGCUGCAUUUGCAAGUCUUUCAAGGUUGAGAAAUAGCCAUGUAUUUUGACUUUGUAUUUCAAAUAAAGGUUUUGUAAUGUUUCUUCUUCAAAA